GACGUCUGGGAUUUGUUGUACCUUCAGAAGUCAAGAAGCUGCACGUGAUUGGUACUGCGGGAUUUUUAAGAGAAUUGGAACUGUCGGGCAGUCUGACACAGCAGUCUUGUGACCGGAAGCUAACAUGGCCGCGUUUGUAGAUCUGAACGUUACAAAUUGUAAAGAUGUGAAGAAGCUGCAGAGUAUGAUAGAGAUGGCAGCGCACCUUGGAUAUUCUACUGUUGCCGUAAAUCAUGUUUAUGAAUUUGAAAGUAAGAAAAUGGAAAUUGGAAAACCAAUAUCCACAAAAGAAUUAUUUUCAACUCCACCUACAGUCCAGGGAAAAUGCAGACCCAUCAAAAUCCUCACCAGACUAACGAUAAUUGCAUCAGACCCCUCUCACUGCAACGUGCUGAGAUCAACCUCGCCAUCUACUCGGCUGUACGAUAUUGUGGCUGUUUUCCCAAAGACAGAGAAGUUGUUUCAUGCUGCUUGCACCAGUAUUGAUGUGGAUCUCAUAUGCAUCAACGUAACAGAAAAAUCGCCUUUCUUCUUCCGAAGGCCGCCUAUUAAUGCUGCAAUACAACGGGGCAUCUUUUUUGAACUUGUUUAUACCCCUGCAAUCAAAGAUUCAACUUUAAGGAGAUACACCAUUUCCAAUGCACUCAGCCUAAUGCAGGUCUGCAAAGGAAAGAACAUUAUUAUAUCAAGUGGAGCAGAGAGGGCACUGGAAAUGAGAGGCCCCUAUGAUAUUGCAACACUAGGUUUGUUGUUUGGACUGACAGAAGGAAUUGCCAAGGCUGCCAUAUCUACAAACUGCCGUUCUGCUGUUCUGCAUGGAGAAACAAGAAAGACUGCUUUUGGCGUCGUAUACACUGUGAAGAAGACUUGCUUGGAAGAGGAAGAAGCGGAACCAGUUUGUAAAAAAGCCAAAAAAUCUUAGUUCCACAUAUUUCUAAUUAUUUUUGUCAUUCUUUGAUGUGUUGCUUUUUUUAUUUAAAAUGAGAGCAAUAGCAGAUUAACCUGUUUCUGCUUCAAUCUAGGGCAGCUAUUUCUGUAAAACAAUAAAUAACAACGGAGAAAACUUUGCAAUAGUUUAACGUUUAUUGUUAAACCAUAGAUCAAAUACAGAGUAUUUUGUUUCUUUAGACGCAAGUCUGCUGCAGAACAUUUGGGAGUUGUAUUUCCAUUAAAGAGCCAUUAAUUAAGGAUCUCUUUAGUCUCUGGAAACCGUUUCCGUAUUCUGUUUUACUCUGCAUUAAAUAUGUUAAUAUGCCGGC